AUGCACUACUGGCACCCAACGCACUGCACCCUGCAGCUGAACUUUGUGCAGCCCGACGGCGGCGCUCCUCUGGCGGCGGGCGACGCCUACAGUGGAACCUCCGCCAUUCGCUACGUGCGGCGCCCCCUUCCCAGUGCGACACCGCAGGCGGCCUUCCCCGCAGUUGACGUGGAGGCCAGCGACGGGCUCCACUUCCACGCUAUCACGGCCCCCACACCCGCGCUUCCACGGGCCCGGCCGCUUGUGCUCCACUCCCUUAAGGUGCAGCCGCAGCAGGCGGCAGGCGGCGCAGGGGCGUUGAAGGUGCUGAAGGUUGUGGAGGGUGGCGUCUGCAGCGAGGACGGCGGCGGUGCCGAGCGUGGAGGGCGCACCGGCGCCGCCGCGAAGGGUGAGCGCCCGCGCUGGCACAAGAAGGCGAAGGGCAGGCCCAGCGAUGUCACGGGCCCGGCACACCACGGAGUCCCCGACGCCGACGCGCAGCGGCAGCAGCAGGAGCUGCGGGAUUGUGCGGACCCGGGGUCGAAGCACGUCUUCUUUGAGGGGGGUGCGGGCAUGCCUGCCGGCUCCAGCGUCACGCUCGUCGUCGCCUUCACGGGCAGGGUGCAGGGGUGGGAUCAGGGAGGCAUCUACACGAACGACACCACCGCGGCGCCGGCGGCAACCGCUGCGCGUGGGGUGCUCCUCACGCACUUUGAGGUCGCCUUGGCGCGUCUCGCCUUCCCGUGCCCCGAUGACGCUCAGCGCUACCGCCCCAUUUGGCACCUGCAGUCGCUGCAGCUGCCCGCAAGCUACGGCCUGGUGGUGAGUAACACGGCGCAGUUGUCCGAGCGGGCCAUGGGCGGGCGAGGGACGCAGCACAUCUUUUCCCCCGUCGGGCCGCUGCCCGCCUACGCGUUGGCCUUCGCCGCCUUCAGCGACGCCGUGGAGGUGGUGGAGGAAACGCUGCGCCUGCGUGGGUUCCCCACGGCCGCCGAGGCAGACUGCAACGCCGACAAAAGACUAGUGCCGCUGCGAGUGGUGGCGACCACAUCAAGUGGGUUGACGCCGCAUAGGCUCAUGCGCAUCGCCGCCACUGUGCAGGAGGCGGUGGAGCUCUUGGAGGACUUCUUCGCCGCCCCGCUGCCGCUGCAGCGGAUGCCCUUUUCGCACGCGUUGGAGUGGCAGGAGGAGGUGCUCACGAUUGUGGUUGCCCCCACGAUGCCGUACAUCUCGGGCAUGGAGCACCACGGCUGCAUCUUUCUCAACGAGGCCAUCUACCGCUCCUCCGCCUGUGACGGCAGUGGGAGGGGGCCAGGCAAGCACCACGCCACGGGGGCAGGUGGCGCAACUGAGUCCAGCAGAGCGGAGCUUAUCGUCCACGAACUCGCACACCACUGGGCGGGAAACGCCCUCGGAAUGCCCUUCAUCCUCAAGGAGGGGAUCUGCCUCUUGCUGGAGCAGUGCCUCGGCGAUGUCUUGAUGGGGAGGCCGAUGCGCAGGAUAAAGCCCUCGGGUGAAAACAUCGUGUCCGCCACCGUCGCGCCGUCCCGUGGGGUGGCGCCGACGACGCUGGCGACAGCCGUGGAAACACCCACGGCGGUGCUCGUGGUGGACACCGAGAAGGGCAAGGAGUUCACCGGGCACUCGUACCAGAAGGCACUAAAUACGCUGCGGGAUGUGGCGAGUGGCAUGGGAUUUGCCGCCUUCAAGGAACGCAUGCAGCGCAUGUACCAAACGGAGGUGGCGGGGGGCAGCAAAAGCGGCUGCGCGGUCGACGGAAGUAACGACGCGGAUGCUCUCGUGCCGCCGUACGUCACGGCGACACAAUUUUUGGCGUACAUGAAGGCAUAG